UUGUUUUGGACACAACAAAAUUUUGUCAAAUACCUAACGUUUCUAAUACAUGCAAAGAGUUAUCUAGCCUAGUAUUAAGAGGACUGGUGAACCGUUAUUUAGCGUCCUGAAUCAGUAACCGUGAAGUGAAAACUAUUAGCGAAAUGAAUCAACGAAGAUCGAUGGAGAGUUACUUCGAGAAUGGGAACAACAAGCAGGAAGAGACAUCAAUGCAAGAUACUUUUCAAAACAGCAAGCAGUCAACUGAGGAUGACACUAAAGGGAAAGGAGUAGAUUCUCAGACUGGUGAUAUUUCAAAUAGCUGUAGAAAAGUAUUAACAUCAAGCAAGGCUACCAAUGCUGUUGCCUUCCACAUUCCCACAGGGCAGCCAGUUUGUAGGCCACCACCAAAGCGUUUUUGUGACCAAACUACAGAAAGAGAAAACAUAAGCCUUGACAGGCUCACAGAGAAACAAAUAAUGGCUGAAAGACAGAAGAAACAACAAGUGGAACAGAGACUGAAAAGAAUCCAUGAUCGACAAGAAGCUGCUCGAAAGCUUGCACACAAUGUUGAACUCCUCCUACAACAAAAGUCUCUCAUAAGUGCUGGGAGAGGCACCAGUCAUGAGACACCCAAAAUGACGUCUUCUGAACUUCUUGCUACAGCUCGUCAUGUUGCAAAAGAUUUUAGAACUUUGACAUGUCAAACAACAAAAGAUCUUGCUGUAGAUGACAAAAACAACAACUUGUCAAAAGAACACCCACCUAAAGUCAAACCCAAAAAUCAGAAGGAAAAAGAUACAAGCUUGAAAAAAUCAUCUGUUCAUGAUAACAGGAGCAUUGCAUUUACUGUUGGAUUUGAUGAAGAAAAGCAGCCUCUAUCUCCAGUGCCCAAAGCUUUACAGAAGACAUGCGCGAAGGACAGAAGUAAACUCACUGCUCAAGAACUAGACGAAAAACAGAGAAAGGCUAUGGAAAGACGAAAAAAAAGACAAGAGGAAAGAGUUAAGAGGGUUGUGGCAAACCGUGAAGCACUGUUCAAGUUGGCCUCUGACCUGGAGACAUUCAUGAUAUGGAAUGAUGCUGAAAGAAAUGAAUUGAGAACACGUAAUGAAGGAGAACAAACACAUGAGGCUUCUCAAUUAGCAAGUGAAAUUGCUGAUAGCUUUGAUAGAUUGAGUCAAAGGUAUUCAAGAGAUCUGAAGCAGGCUGAGGGUUUUCCAAGUGGUUUGUGGGGAAUUAAGCAAUACUAAUUAAUUAGUUUCUAAGUGGAUUGAAAAGGUUUCUAUACAUUGAUUUGCGCUGUGGGCUCGUCAGAUUUUUGGAAUUGUGUGAAUGAUUUCAGACCAAAUUGCACGCCGAUCAGUUCAAUU